CGCAGCUCUCCCUCCAGGACACACUCUGUUCUCCUGCAGCGGCGGCACCAGGAGCCAAGCCUGACGACUCCGACUUAGAGGAGACCGUUUGUGUUCCUCCUCCUUACUUCAUCGUAUCCUCAGCUGUAGGAUUAAAACCCGGUGGCUCCUGCUACAACCUGCAGGCAGGUGACCCGGCCAGAUCUCUCAGACGUUCUCCUGAGAAAAAACAUCAAAACCCCCAAAGACAAAGAAAGGUCCAGGAGGAACUCAAGCUUCACCAUGAGCCGGCCGCCGUUCUCCACCCAGGACCUGCUGCUGCUGCUGGCCGUCUGCUCGGCCGAGCUACCGUCUCCAGCAGCAGGAGGCUCGGCGUCGGCCCUGAGGUCCAACGCCACCGACAGAAACCAGACCAAAUGCGGCGGCAGCACCGACUGCUUCGAAGGCGUCAUCCUGCCGGUGUGGAUGCCGGAGAACCCGCCGCUCGGCGAACGCCUGGCCAGAGCCACCAUUUACUUUGUGGGGCUGUUCUACAUGUUCCUGGGGGUGUCCAUCAUCGCCGACCGCUUCAUGGCAUCCAUCGAGGUCAUCACCUCCCAGGAGAGAAAGAUCACCAUCAAGAAGGCCAACGGGGAGAAGAUCACCACCACGGUUCGCGUCUGGAACGAGACGGUGUCCAACCUGACUCUGAUGGCGCUGGGCUCCUCCGCACCUGAGAUCCUCCUGUCGGUGGUGGAAGUCUGCGGUCACAACUUCAACGCCGGCGAGCUGGGGCCCAACACCAUCGUAGGGAGCGCCGCCUUCAACAUGUUCGUCAUCAUCGGCCUGUGCGUGUCCGUCAUCCCCGACGGAGAGAUCCGACGGGUGAAGCACCUGCGGGUGUUCUUCGUCACCGCCACCUGGAGCGUGUUCGCUUACACCUGGCUCUACCUGAUCCUGGCCGUCUUUUCUCCAGGUGUGGUUGAAAUAUGGGAGGGACUGCUCACACUCUUCUUCUUCCCUUUCUGUGUUGGAUUCGCGUACGUGGCGGACCGCAGACUCCUCUUCUACAAAUAUGUGUACAAGCGAUACAGAGCCGGGAAGCAGAAAGGGAUGAUCAUCGAGACGGAGGGCGAACCGGACCUCCCCUCAAAGGUGGACAUCGAGAUGGACGGCAAGACGCUCAACUCUCACGGAGAUGAACUGGUGGACGGAGAGGGAGGCUGUGAGGUGAAGGAGGCCGGUGAGGAGGAGGCCUGCAGAGAGCUGGCCCGGAUCCUGAAGGAGCUGAAACAGAAACAUCCGGAGAAGGAGACGGAGCAGCUGAUGGAGCUGGCUAACUACCAGGUGUUGAGCCAGCAGCAGAAGAGUCGGGCCUUCUACCGCUGCCAGACCACCAGGAUCAUGACAGGCGCAGGUAACGUGCUGAAGAAGCACGCCGCCGAUCAGGCCAAGAGAGCCACGCAGCACGACGUCUGCUCCGAGAUCUCAGUCAGCAACUUCUCCUCCAAGGUCUUCUUCGACCCCGGGAACUACCAGUGUCUGGAGAACUGUGGCAGCGUGGCCCUCAACGUGGUCCGGCGGGGCGGAGACCUCACCACCACGGUCUGCGUGGACUACCGGACCGAAGACGGCACCGCCAACGCCGGCUCCGACUACCGCUUCACCGAGGGAACGGUGGUGUUCGGCCCGGGGGAGACGGAGAAGGAGAUCCGCAUCGACAUCAUUGACGACGACAUCUUUGAGGAGGACGAGCAUUUCCUGGUGCACCUCACCAACGUGAGGCUGGUGUCAGACGGCGCCAAUGGCCACAGGCCGGACCACGGCGACGGCGCCGCGGGGCUGGGCCUGCCCUGCACAGCCACCGUCACCAUCUUCGACGACGACCACGCCGGGAUCUUCACCUUCGAGGAGCCGGCGGUGACGGUGAGCGAGAGCGUCGGCGUGAUGGAGGUGAAGGUGACCAGGAACGCAGGAGCCCGCGGCGUGGUGGUGCUGCCGUACAAAACCAUGGAGGGGACGGCCAAAGGAGGAGGAGAGGACUUUGAAGACACGCAUGGGGUUCUGGAGUUUGACAACGAUGAGAUUGUCAAAACCAUUCAGAUAAACAUCGUUGACGAUGAAGAGUACGAAAAAAACAAGAACUUCUUCCUAGAGAUCGGAGAUCCUCAGCUGCUCGAGAUGAGUGAACGGAAAGCCGUGUUGCUUCAGGAAGUGGGUGGCUUCGUCCAGACAG